AUGACGGAAAAGGUUUUGAAAAUGGGAAGUGACAUUGCAUUUCAUAGCAUGGCAUGCAGAGCUUCACUCGCCGUUGUCCAAAUUGCAGUGGCCGGUGAUGCUGACAUUAACACCGACUUCGUGGUGCCAUCAAAUGUGAGCAAUGUUGAUGGGAACUUCUUCACAUUCACAGGCAUGAGGGUACUUGUUGGGGGAGCCCCACCAACAGCCUUUAAGGUACUGAAAGCAAGCAUGGCCGAGUUCCCGGCUCUGAAUGGGCAGAGUGUUUCUUAUGCUGUCCUUCAGUUCCCAUCCGGCACUGUCAACCCCCCUCACACCCAUCCUCGCUCAGCGGAGCUACUCUUCCUCAUUGAUGGCACGCUGCAAGUGGGCUUUGUAGAUACAACCAACAAGCUCUUCACUCAGACACUCACAACUGGGGACAUGUUUGUGUUCCCCAAGGGACUUGUUCAGUUCCAGUAUAAUCCCGAUGCCCAAAAUGCUGCCUUGGCAAUUUCGGCUUUCGGGAGUUCUAAUGCAGGCACUGCAUCAGUUCCUAACAAUGUGUUCACCACUGACAUUGAUGACACCAUUUUGGCUAAGUCGUUCAAAACUGAUGUUGCCACCAUUCAAAGCAUCAAGGCUGGUCUUGCACCUAAGCAUUGA